AUGCAUCUUCUCAAGACCCGCCGCCGCACCGCUAGCUUUCUUAUUCUCGUAGCGUCGCUCCUGUUCUCUGGGUUUUGGCUGUGGAGGAGCCCCGCAGAGGAGGAACGUGGUGGGAAGCCAACGUUCGCAUCGCUGGCGCUGACGGAGAAGCAAUGCGCGCGUGCCUUUCCGGGCUUGGAUCGCGAGGUUGAGAAUGCGGUUAAGAGAGGAGGCAUCGAGUUGAAGAGGGAGUUUGGUGAUAUACCAGGGUUGAUUCAGGGGAGGGUUAAGGAUGGGAAGCUGUAUAUAUUAUCUGCUGCGCAAGAUAAUGUUCUGCAUCGUGUAGGUGCUAUCCUACACUCCCUCCACCGCGCAAUCGUCACCUCUCCCUCCCGGCUCCCAGACACGGUCUUCAGCAUCAAUAUCAAUGAUAUACCGCGAGCGAACAGCUGGUCCUUCGCGCGCUCCGAUGAUCACUUCUCUGAUGAUAACCCGUGGCUCAUGCCACAUUUCGGUUCCUGGUCCUGGCCGCUCGAAUAUCUGGGCCCGCUGGACGAGGCCCUCGCAAGGAUUGAUGAGAGUGAGAGGAAUGUACGCUGGGCGGAUAAGAUUGAUAAGGCAGUCUGGAGAGGUACACCAUGGUUUAAUCCACAGUGGUCGGCGGGGUUAAGACCGAAGUUGCUAGAGGUUACAAAGGGGAAGGAUUGGGCGGAUGUCCAGGCUUGGGGCCAGGGUCGGGAUCCCGAGAAUACGUUGAGUAUUGAGGAGUUUUGCAGGUAUAAGUAUAUUAUCUAUGCUGAGGGUAAAACUUACUCGGGACGGCUUCCCUAUCACCAAGCCUGCGCAUCAAUUAUUCUCAGUCCGCCCCCGACCUUCGUCCUGCACCUCACACACCUGAUGCGCCCGCUCUUCUCCUCCGUCCUGCUCUCCGCCCAUCAAUCCAGCACUCCCAGGCCUCCACCCAUCUCCGCAUAUCCUCUGCCCGCCACCCAGCAUACCUGGCCGCUCUCCUACCCGCCACACCUCGCAAACACCAUCUUCGUCAAGCCCGACUGGUCGGACCUCGAAGAGACGAUCGCGUACCUACGGCAGAACCCAGACAUCGGGAUGGGCAUCGCGACCGCGCAACGAGAGCUCAUGGUUGGCGGAGGCUAUCUGAGCGAGGCUGCAGACGCCUGCUACUGGCGCGCCCUGAUCAGGGGAUGGAACCGCACGGUCGCCAUCGAUGGGCGGGAAUGGGAAGCAGCGGGCAUGCGAUGGGAGACGUUCAGUCUAUUAGGCAAAGCGACGUGGGACUGA